AUGGCCACCGUUUGCAUUGCCUUUUUCCUAAUCACACAAUUUUAUUGUAAUAAAAUGGACGCAGAUCUCGAAGAAAGAGAAAUAUCAAGAAAACAAAAACGUUGGAGCAUGAAUUCGCAGAGGCUAGAACAAAUAGUUGCGGAGCUGAUGAAGCCCAUCAGCGAUAUCCGCCGCAAUUUCGACACGGACCUAAGCGCGUUGUUGGAGGAAUACCUGACGGAGGCGGGUUUACAUGCCCUGGAAGCAUCUGAAACCGAUGAACCCGGACCAGCUGGAGAAGUAGCACCUAACUUUGCAGAAAUUGCAUUACUACUCCAGCAGUCUGCGCACAUAUACAGUCGGAAAGUUGACUGUCUUUAUCAAGAUGUUCUGCGUGUCACUGAUGCACUGAACAAUUCUACCCUCGAGGACAAUCCGGAAGAGGGCGAAGCGGAUGUCAGUGGUGGCAGCACAUCAAAGCGGAAGGUAGCAGCCGCUGUUGAGGCAUUUGAGCCCAUACGAUUGGAAACUGCUUCAUCGGCAAGGCGUGAGGGUACAGUUCGACCGCCUCCCACGUUGCCACGCCUUUACAUCGAGCUGGAGCCACGCCCACUGGCACCGGCAGACACGCAGCUCACAGACUACGCUUCCGAACCAAUUGGCCUGCUCGCUGACUUCCAUGUCGCGUGGAGAUUAGCGGGCGGCUUCCUUCUCGAGGAGCUAGAGGAGAGGGCGUCAUUAUUGCCGCCGCCGAGCGCGCCGCCACCUAGUGAGCCGCCGCCGUUGACGCUGCCGCAGCUGAGUGUGCCGCCGCCGCCUCCCUCCCCACUUCUGCCCCCCUCGCCAUUCAAUUGCUCCACUCCCCUGCCGUCGUCCAUCAAACGGGAGAGAAAGAGACGGAUAGAUGUCGCCCAGGACUUGGAUCCCGGCGCGAAGUUGAUUAUCAGUGAAGAGGUACUAACAGCGCUGCGCGGCGAAGAUAUCGAGUUCAGUGUCCCUUCGCGUUGGAUCCAGCGGGUGGUAGUGCGGCGUAGCGGGCAGCUGUUGGCUACGCGGUUACGGCUACGCGCGAGCGCUUCGCCGACCCUUUUCCGGGGCUGGGACAGCGCCGCCGCCGAUGUCGGGGGUUUCUGCGGCUGGCCCGAGGAAGCCGCACGCUUGGCGCUCAAUAUGACGCUCGGUGAAUUGCGACGAGUACGCCUCCGAGUUCCCGACGAGAGCGACGACGACGGUUUCUUCGAGCAGAGUUCCUCAAGCGACGGCGAGCCACGUCGGUCACCGGAUCCCUCGGCGUCUGACUGGCAGAAAUGGCGGGAAGGCAUCCUAGCGCGUGCGACGUCGCAUGCGCCUGACGUACGGCGAACGGCUGCGCUGGUCCUACGCUCGGCGCCAGCUGCCCCCGCACCUCCCGCUCCCUUCACGGCGCUGUUACGACAACACUAUCGUGCACACGCCACUAAGCCCUCACACCUCAUGCUAGCUGCGCUUUUCCUGGCGAAUAGCGGCAACAUAGAAAUCAUCCAAGGCGAACCACUGUCUAUUAAUUCAUUUUCGGUACGCGUAAUAUCCCGAGACGAGUCUUUAUACCAACCAGCGCUGGCGCGUGACGCCCCCAGCUGA